UUCCCAUCAAUUGAAAAUUUCAUCUCGAAGUAAUAAUGAAUAACGUCAUUCGACUUAGUCGUUUCCACUUUUUUGUUACCAUUCGAAGCGUUUAAAAAUUAUGAUUAAAACAUUUAAAAAUUAUAUUUAACAAAAUUUUCCUGCUAUAUUUCUGUGAUAUUCGAAGUGAAAUACCGGCAUCGACACAAACUGAUUCAAGAAUCAUGGAAAUCUGUCCCCCUGAACCACUUAAACGAACGCCGCAACAGUCGAUUAUCGAGGCAAAAAAUAAACUUCGGCUCGGUCACGAUGAAUGUUGCAAUUGCUGCUGUUGUUGUAUACCACAACCUACAUGCUACAAAUAUGUCCAGCCGGAAAUACCAAAAUCUUUCGCGCCUAUUCACUAUUAUUGGAAAUCGAGCGUACCGAUGGAUAAUGAUACAACGUAUCGUCUCUCUUAUUGGGAAGGACCUAGCGGUACUGUCGAAUCCAUUCGACCUGAAGGCAAUCUGACAUGCAGUGACGCGCCAAUGUCUGAUGAAACGACACACAAAAUGAGCUAUUUUGGCAAUUGGUGCGUGAAAACAGAUCCGCCAAUGACGCCCUGCGACAGGCAGUGGCUGGGUAGAGGUCCGAUGGAAGAUGUCACGACGCACAAACACGAUUAUUCGUGGAAAACCGCGAUGCGUUCUGAGAUCAUUAAGGCGCAAAAUAAUUUAUAUCCUCCAUGUGCCGCUUUGUCGGAUGAUACGACCUAUCGUUUGAGCUAUUAUAACUCUUCCUGCUUGCUUCCGAUGCAAUCUUAUGCGCCCAUUAGGAAAUAUGUCAAAUCAGAUGUACCGAUGGAAGGUUGUACAACGUAUAGGCUUAGCUAUUGGCCAAACGAAGUUCCUGUAAAAGAGGAACUACCGUGGAGUCUAAAGGCAGAUUAUCAUCACCCGGUGACGCCGAUGGACGGAUGCACGACCUACAGACUGAGUUACUGGCCCCCCUGUGGCGAGAAGCCUCCGGAACCUUUCCACCACGACAAGAACGAGAACUUGUUGAACGCCGGCUGCUGCUUCGACGACAACACCACGUAUCGGCUCAGCUAUUUCGGGUGUGGCGGUGACAAGCCACCGGAUCCCAUUCGCCAGCCUAGCAACAUGAUUUUCUCGCCGUGUCCGCUCUCCCACGACACCGUCAAUCGGUUGAGUUUCCUGGGCAAUUGGUGCGUCAAACCGGAACCGUCUAUGACACCUUGCGACAGACAAUCGCUGGGCAGAGGACCAAUGCAGGAUGAGACUACGCAGAAGCACGAUUACACUUGGAAGCGCGUGAUGCCGCCGACAGGGACUCGACCCGAGAACAAUCUCACUUUCUCGUCCCUGCCGCUGGAAUCCUGCACGACUCAUAGAUUGUCUUAUAUACCAAACGAUCACGAAUGCCUGCUGCCUAUUAAAUCGUACGCGCCCAUACGCAAGUACUAUCCGUCUGGCGUUCCGAUGGAAUCCGAGACCACGAUGCGACUAAGUUAUCAGCCGACGGAGCCAGCGGAUCAGGUUGAGAAGCCAUGGGCUGCGGCUACGCCCUAUUAUUCACCCGUCGAUCCCAUGGAGGACAAUACCACGUACAAUCUAAGCUACAUCCCGCCUGGAACGCUCGUUCCCCUGCCAACUUGUUCCGCUUCUUGUCCCCCUGCCACCUACGGAAUGCCGUCGCAACAACCUUGCCCCGCAUCAUGAAUAGAGAGUAGCAGAUAAACAAGAAGUCACGCGAGCGUUUGUGAUGUCCCGAUCAUGUACACUGUUCCGAUAAUAAAAUGUCCUUGUGUACCACGA